GCGGGGGCGGUGGCGCCUCGUCCACUCAGGCAGCUGCGUUCGGGACCCUCCGGCCCGCACGAGGGACGAACUGACUGACGUACCUCGCCCGCCCCCGCCCCCGCCUCAUCUACCCCUGGGCUUCCUGGGCUUCCUGGGCUCCCGGGGCUCACUCCUGGAGCGCCUUCUCUCCUUACACCUCUCCUCGGCCCUUUCUCUCCCAGGCACCUCAGGCGGUGGCGGCGGCGGCGGCGGCGGCAGCAACCGCGACUCCAGCAGCAGCAGCAGCGAGCGGCGGGAGCGGGCGGCCUCUGAGACGAUGAAGUGCAAGCCAAACCAGACGCGCACCUACGACCCGGAGGGGUUCAAGAAGCGGGCGGCGUGCCUUUGCUUCCGGAGCGAGCGCGAGGACGAGGUGCUGUUAGUGAGUAGCAGUCGGUACCCGGACCGCUGGAUCGUGCCGGGCGGGGGCAUGGAGCCCGAGGAGGAGCCGGGCGGUGCGGCAGUCCGAGAGGUGUACGAAGAGGCGGGAGUCAAGGGGAAGUUAGGCCGGCUCCUGGGCAUUUUCGAACAGAACCAAGACCGCAAGCACAGAACCUACGUGUACGUACUGACUGUCACUGAGAUUCUGGAGAAUUGGGAAGAUUCGGUUAGCAUUGGGAGGAAGCGAGAGUGGUUCAAAAUCGAAGAUGCGAUCAAGGUUCUCCAGUGCCACAAGCCUAUGCAUGCCGAAUAUCUGGAAAAACUAAAGCUGGGCGGUUCCCCAACCAGUGGAAACUCCGUGGCCCCGUCCCUGCCACAGAGCGAUCCCUAGUAUGUACCUACCGCUCCUGCACAGACUUCUGCGUUCCGCCUACCUUAGAAUAAAUAGUGCCCGGAGCACCUCUCACUCCUUGUGCGGUCUCACGGGGAGGAGGGGGGGCUUCUUUUGUUUCCUUGGCAGACCUCUGAAUCACGCUUGCAAACUGUCUCAGUUGCCAGGCACAGUUUUCAGACAACUUGCACGUUUUUCAGAUGCUUUGAAAAUCGCUGCUUGGUAGCACUGUAACAGAUUUCGGUAAUCCUAAACCACAUGGGUUUUUGGGUUUUUUUUAAGGUGCCUUAACUGCUUGCCCAGCCUUUAGCGUGUGUGUACGUACACGUUGUGGUUUGUUUUAUUACAUUGCACACACGUGUGUGUUUUUGGUACCAGUCAUGUGCUUUGUUUUGUAGUUGAACACCUUUAAAAUUGAACAUCUUGGUUGUGUGGCAUCUUUAAUUCUCUUAACUUGCAAGCCCUUCUGUGAUGGGAAUUGGUUUAAAAAUCAGUGUUUUUUAUAUAUAUACACAUAUAUAUAUAUAAAUUUUACAUCUUGUGGUCUUUCCGCACCGGGCAAUAAUUUGUGUUCAGUAAUGUGAUCUAAUUUGCCCUUUUCAAAAGUUUCAUUACUCUUGUACAUGAUUUGAUUUUCAAAAGAAUUUUCACUAGUGGUAUUUUGUUUUUGCCUAUUUGAAAUGGUCAUUUCCCAUAUAGCCCAAAUGUCGUUUAACAAAAUAUUACUUUACACAGAGAAUAUCUUCUUGGGAAAGUAUUGUUAACCAAACACAUCCCAAUAUGUACAUACUAUCAUGAAAACUGUAUUCACAGAGUGCGAUUUAGUAUGUUCCACUUCCAACUCCAUUGCCCCUUUCUUAAUACCCUAGAACAACCAUGGUUCUCUCAAUAUAAACUAGUUUUUGAAAGUUAUUUCACAUAUUUGAAUGUAGUGACAUUCCAGUUAACAUUCCUGACUACCAGUAACCAUAGGAAUGGAAUUUAUAUGGUGAUAAGAUCCCAAUCCAGUGAGGUACCUUUCUUGAUACUCAGCUUUUACAGACUUCUUAAACUGCCAGGACACCUGAAUAAUCUCUCUUAAAGAUUUAGGAUAAAUAUUUUGUGUCAGAAGAUAAACUCCUUUUGGUGCCAAACUAAAAAUUCUUGCAUUUGCCUUGCUAACUUGCAAGUAUUUUAGAAUACCAUCUAAAAUACCUAAAUCUGUCUUGAAACUUCCUGUGUUCCACCCCAGCCAUGUUAAAUAGUAGGUAAAAAUACAGUCGACUUCACGAAGUCGGUAUUGGGGGGUGGAAAAAUCAUUCCUAAUUUUUAGGGCAACUGAGAAUAUGUCAUAUCUUUAAUCGUUACUGAUAGGUGUUUUUUUGUGUCACUCAGCUAACUUUGAGGGUCACAUUUUUUGCACUCUAUUAAGAAAUUUUGGAAGUCUCGAUUCCUCUUGGAACUCCUUAUCUUCUUUCAGGAAGGUUGAGGAAAAGCCUGUUUUGUGAAGAGAGUAUAGAUGGGUAAUAUCACCUUACCUAUAACAUUUAAGAUCUAGAAAAUAUUCUACAAACUAGUAAUAAAUGGAUAAUAUCUACAUACUUUGUUAUUCUGCAUAUUAACGUUUAAAAAGAACACAAUCCCUAGUAGAAUUGACUUGUUACCUUUUUUUUUUUAACUUUGGUGCAACCGUUUGUUUUUUUUUAAUAUUUGCCAUAUAUAAAUAUGUCUGAAUAAAGUACAUAUUUUAGUUAACAAAAAUUAUUGUUAAAGGAAUGAGUAGAAAAUCAACAGCUUUUAAAAGCCAAUUAUAAAUUUCAUAUUGUAAAUUAUGCAGAAUCAUCUAAUGUUUUUCAAAAAUGUUUCUUUGUACAGAAAGACAUGUCUUAUUUUUUUAAACUUUCUAAAUUCUACACGUUGACCUUUCCUGUUAAAAUAAUCCAAAUAGACUGAUAGAUAUUCUCUGUAACCUGAGAUUUUUCAAAAUACAAACUAAUAGUAAAGGAACUGGAUUAUUGCUUUACGAUUAUUUCAUAUAUAAAACUACCCUCAUCUAAAAUGCUGCCACAAAUACCUGGGAGGUUUAACCUACACAUGGAAUUUUUGGAGAUAAUAAUGCACAAUCUUAUGUUAUGACUUUUGAGCUAUGUAUUUGACGAAUGUGAACAGUACAGUGUUGUUGUUAACUCUUAAGAAUUGGUAGCCUAUAUUUACUGUAUUUUAUUCAGAAACAUUUGGAUUGAGUUCUGUCACUUGCUAGAAUUUUCUUCAGUGCUCAGAUAUCUUUAUGCAAUUUGUAAAACUUUCACGGCUUGAAUUUCUAAGUUGCAACAGAACAUUUUACAGUUAUCACACUUAAGCUUUCAAAGUCACACGAGAAGUUAUUAUAUAUGCUUUUGGAGUUCAGUCUAGAAAAAAAUUAAGAAAGAACCUCAAAACAAUAGCCUUUCAUUUUAAAAGAGAAAUCCAAAAAAUUCCGGCUAAAACAGUUGGCACAGAGCUAACGAACCUAACCAUGUCUAUAACUUACAUCCUCUAAGAGUUUGAUGCACAGUUGGAAUUUUCUCCUUGCAGAGUCAGUAUAUAGCAUCAUGAAUUAUUUAUGUGAUGAUUGCACAAAAAAUGAACAGAUGAAUCUUUCAGCUCAUAGCACCCCAAAAAAGGCAUUGAUCAAAGAUAAAUAAGACUUUCAAAUAUGAGGUAGAAAUUUGUUUUCAGCAUGAUUUUGUAAAGGCUGUUGUUUUUUUUUUUCUUUUCCCAACUGGAUAAGUGCCUAUUCUUAUCUUUAAAAAGUUUUAAAAAGACAUGUUGGAAUAAAGGUGAUACUGAUAUGCUUGGUACAUAAUUUCCCUCGGUCUAAUGUAUUAUUUUCUAAGAAACCUGUGUUUUGUUUUAUCAAAUCACUGUUGAACGAAUUAACUCUGAAAGGGAUGGAGGGUGGCUAUAAAUAUUUUG